AUGAAAGUGUUAAUUCUUGUAUUAUUACUAUUAUCAUUGAGUGGAGUUUUCACUGGAUACACCCCACAAUGCAGUUCAUGUUAUUCUGAAGGUCAAAGAUGUAUGAUAUUAGAUACAAAUUCAGGAACUUAUAAAAAUGGUGGAGAAUGUAAUGAUGGAUUAGUAUGUGCAGCUAAAAAUAAAGGCGAAGAUGAAAAGAAUUGGAUAUGUAUGAAACCAAUUGAAUUGAAUGGAGUUUGUGCAGGUGAGAGUUCAUGUGUAAUUGGAUUAACAUGUGAUCCAGUUGAAUUUAAAUGUUUAAAUUCUAGAUUCGCACAAAUCGGUGAAAAAUGUUCAAAAGAUACAGACUGUUCUGGAACAUUAGCAUCUUGUACUAAUAAUAUUUGUAAAUCAGAAUCAAGUGGUAAAUGUGAUGAUGCAUCAGAUUGUGAAUAUGGCUCAACUUGUAGUAACAGUUUAUGUGUACCAUUACGUAAACAAGGUGAAUCAUGUGAUUCAAUGAAAGGUGAAACAUGCAUUUACGGCCUCUCCUGUCUCUCCAACUCUACCUGUGGUCCAUUAUUCUCAAAACCAUUAGGUGCAUCAUGUCUAAUGGAUGAUGAUUGUAAUCAACCUGAAAAUUUAUAUUGUUCACAAAAAUCACAUUUAUGUGAAGAAUAUGUUCAACCAAAACAACCAACAACAAAUUGUAGUUUAACUGAAAAUUCAUGUGACCAAUUCCAUGAAUGCUCAUGUGAUGGUAAAUGUUACCAAAGUUCACCAUUCCCAACCCAAGUUACAAGUGGUAUGCAACCAUUAGUUAAUUGUGUUUUAAAGAAUAAAUGUACAUGGGUAACAAACUUUUUCUCAUCUGAUAGUUGUAUAACUAAAAAUUGUGCUUCUGAACUUUGUAAAUAUAAUGGUGUCACAAUUAUGAAUAAUGCUUUAACAUGUGGUAAUAAUCAUCAAUCAAAUAUUUAUUGUGCUGAUUCAAAUUCAGUUUCAAGAAUUAAUAUUAACAAUUCAAUGUUAUUAUUAUUAUUAUUAUCUAUUUUAUUAAUUUUUAAUUUUUAA